AUGAAGACAACUAUCUCACUGACGGCCCUGGCCUCCUUAGCUGUCGCGUUUCGUGGUCAUAACGGCAUUGGCGUACCACCUGGUGUGAACCUGACCACCAACGAAUGGCAAGCUCGCUUUGAAGAUGCCAAUGCAACGGGAACAUAUUACUUCAACGCCUAUGAUGUAUCGGAUAGUUUCCCGCCCAAUAAAACUGCCGGCGGCUGGUCGGCUACCAUUCGAGUGGCUAACAUCGCCGACGACCCUGACCCAGAGAGCAUUCCAUAUCCAGGCACCGAUAUCAGCAUCAAAGCUCCGGAUGGGAUGAAGUUGCCAGAGUCCAACUCUACCGGCUGGCAGGCCUGUGCGACUUUCUGGCCUCCUGGGCUUCUCACUUCUGGAGCAACCGGCGAUGCUCAACAUGACGACGGAGACUGCAGUUCUUUUCUUUCUGAAGAAUGCAUUGAGUCCAUCAAGGAUUCUGCAAACAUCUAUAUCAAUAAUAGACAGAAAUGUGGAACCGUCCCCAGUGUCCCUUCUGAAUGUAAGAAGUGGUAUGGAGGGUCGGGCACCACAGGUAGCGGCAGCAUUGGGAACUUCAGUAGUCAGUUCAACGGCAGCACCCUUUUCUCCACUCGUCCGCAGCUCAUAGGAUCAAGCAAUGUUGCGAAGACCGAGGAGGAGGCUUACGAGGAAGCUGUUCGAGGUGUUUGGACUGUAAUAAUCAACUGGGGUCGCCGCUCGCCGUUGUAUUAUGACCUGGGUGAUGUCUUGCAGCCCACGGUGUUGUGCUUGCGUGCGAGGAAUAUCACGGAAGGAAGUGAAGAUCCCAGUGCCGGCACGAGAACAGCAGCCUACGCACCUAUGGCGUUAUUCAUAUCUAUUCUAGCUACAAUCGUAUUGACGUAUUAG